CUGGAUUAAUUAGUAUAAUGAAAAUACAAUGGGAAAAAGAAUAUCAAAAACUUAAAUUAUCAUUUCAAGAAUCUGAAAUAAAUAGAAUUUCUUUAGAAACUCAAAUAACUGAAUUAAGACAAGAGCAAGAUAGAUUAAAAUUAAAUUCUAGUAAAAUAGAAGAAAUUACCGAUAAAUUACAAGCUGUAGAAAAUCAAAAGAGUGCAUUAUCAAAAAUAUUUGUCGAUCAACAAAAUAGUGUUCAAAUGUUUAUGAAAGGAAUGGCUGCUGAAAGGGAAGAGUGGCAACAACGUGAGGCCGAACUUGUUGAUCAUCAAACAACAAUAAAUAAUGCAUUGAAAAAGUCUGAAUCUGAAGUGAAAUCUUUAAAACAAGAAUUAAAUAUUACAUUAAUUGAUAAACAAACAAUGAAACAAAAAUUAAUAGAAGUUGGUAAAGAAAAGAUGUUAGUAGAUGUACGGAUUCGUGAAUUGGAAUCUGAAAAGAAAAAAUUUGGAUCUAAAUUGACGAAAUUAACUGAUGAUAAAUUAAAAUUAACAAAUCAGCUAACCGAUUCUAAGAAACUUUUAGAUAAAAAUAAAGCUCAGAUAGCAACACUUACAAAAAAAUUAGCUGAAACUGAUGUUGAACAACGAAAGAUAAUACAAACUUUUGAAAAAUCGAUGGUUCAAUCAGAAAAAACUUGCGCAAAUCUUAUGAAUAAACUUAAUACUGCUCAACAAGAAAAGGAUCAACUUCGUCAAAAUAUUUUAGGAAGCAUUGGAUCGUUCAAAAGUGAUGAUACAGAAACACCGCUCGAAACUAAUGAUAUGCGAUUGUCUGAUAUAGAGACUUUGAAUAAUAAUACUAUUACUGAGACAAUGAAACCAUUAUCUUUAGAACAACGAAUAAUCGAAUUGGAGAAUUCUUUAAAAUUGUCGAAAUCUGAAUGUGCCAGGCUGAAUGAAAAAUUAUCAGAAGUACAGAUUGGAUACUUAAAUGCUAUAAAUGAUAAAGAUCAGUUAGCAUCUUCGAAACGAGAAUCAGAUAAAAAGAUCAAAACAUUGGAAGCACAAUUGGAAAGUGUUGGAAAGAAACAUGGAAUUAAUAAUUCAAAUGAGCUCAAAAUGAAGGAUGAGUAUUCUUUGCCUGACU